AUGGCUAAUGUGCAAUCCAGAUAUAACCACCUGUUUCCCUCACCUGCUGCAGCAUUUUCAGGAAUGUACACAGGAGGGCUGUGGACCAACAAUCUGGGUUCCUGGCCUGGGAAGGCCAACCAAACCGUGGAGUUCAGCAAUGGAACCAAAUUGACAGUGGAAACUACUGCAUCAGUGAUGUUGGAUCGUGGAUUGGAUUUCUCCAGUGGGGAAUCACUCUUUCAGACUGCUUGCAUGCCGAAUAAGGAGAGUCGCCCUCCCGAUCCCCGCCCAUCACUCGCGGUAGGGAAGCCUCCAUACUCGAUUCCACUAGGUGGACCUUCGAUGUAUCCGGACCCGAUUAUACAUCAUAAGAAAGACGUUGUAAGAGGGUAUUAUCUCCAUGAAGAAAGACUUGAAGAUGUUGCCGUACUGCAGCUCCCAACGUUCAGACUCAUCGGGGAGAGUCCGGUAUCGUUGGCGCGAGUUGCAGUUCAGUUCCUUGAACGCGCAAGAAAGGAUGGAAAAGAGAAGCUCAUCAUUGAUCUAUCGAACAAUAUGGGGGGCGACAUCAACCUGGGAUUUAAUCUGUUCCGGAUCCUCUUCCCAGACAAGCCAAUCUACACGGCCACUCGGUUCCCCUCCACAGAGUUGAUUGGCCUGAUGGGUCGUGUCUUCUCGACUUCCCAGGGUAAUGAAGCAGUUGAGCAUGACAAUACGCUGGACCUGCCUCUGGUGUUCCAGAAUGCGGUUACACCAGACCAUCGACACUCGUUCGGCAGCUGGGAGAAGCUGUUCGGUCCCGUCGAAAUCGCAGGUCAGAACAUGUCCCAUCUACAUGCGACGUAUAAUUUCACCACGGCAUCGACCGAGGACAAUCCGAUCAGUGGGUAUGGGGGCAUUGAGUUUGGACCUUCGACUCAGCUAUUCCACGCCGAGAAUAUAAUUAUCAUGACAAACGGCAUCUGUGCAUCCACAUGUACAAUUCUAGCAAGAUUACUCAAGCAACAAGGCGUAAGAAGCAUAGUUUUCGGAGGGCGUCCUAGAGCAGCCCCGAUGCAGCUACUCGGGGGCAGCAAAGGCGGCCAAUAUUGGUCGUUAGUUACAGCACGCGAGAUUGCAGUGAACGCAAGUGGAGCCGGUUCUCCCAUUCUCUCUGAAGAUGAAUUGGCUCGGUUUCUAGAGUUGGCUCCUCCACCACUGACAGGAUUCCCAAUUCGAAUUGAUAGCCGUGGAGGGAGUGGGGUGAACUUCCGCAAUGAAUACGACGAGAAGGACCCAACCACCCCGUUGCAGUUUGUCUACGAAGCGGCGGACUGUCGGUUGUUUUGGACGGCGGAGAACUAUGUCUUUCCCGAGAGUUCGUGGGUUGCAGCAGCAGAUGCGAUGUUUGGAGAUGCUUCUUGCGUGGAGGAGUCAGAUGGACAUCAUAUUACUCCUUAA